AUGACGAACCGAGUUCCCGAAGAAGAACUUUCGAUACUUGAAGCUAUUAUCGGCAUAAGGAAUCGCCUUCACGCAUUAAAAAAAGAUCGUCAAACUUAUAUCAAGUCUUCGACAGUUACUGAGAUCUAUGACGAGGUUACGGAACACGUGAAAAAGUUGAAUGAAAUUCGCGAACAGGCCACAGAAAGUCCAACUUCAGAUAACCGCGUUAAUGUUGUUCUUGACGAUGUUUUUCAGUUACUUUCGUUAUUCUUUAUGGCGAUAGGUAAAAAUAAUGAAAGUCCUGCUACCUAUGCACAACUUGCCACUAUUAAGCAAUGUUUGGAUCACUUAAACGAGUCUGGUGUUUACACAUUAGAUGAUCUGACCCCAUAUCAGAAUCGAUUGAUAGAAAUGAGUAAGAUUAUAAAGAAUGAUGAGGAAAAUAAUGCAAUAGCUGAGCCACAUUUGAAAUUACUGAAAAAGAAGUUAAAAUCCUGUGAGACCGUGCUGAGUUUACUAUUGGAAUCCGGCUCAAAUCUAAGUGAUGAAUUAACACCAAUACAUCAUCGUUUAGUAGAAAUAAAAAGAGAAUUAGGUGCAAUAGGUUCACGUAAUAAUCUUGAUAACACACCAUCAUUUCAAAUAUCAGAAGUUCGACCUUAUCAAGAUGAAUUAAGAAGCAUUGAUAGUAAACGAGUUGGUGGGAGUUUUUUGGCACCAGAUGGUUCUAUACCAUCAGGUCAAGCUCAAGUUAUUGGGUUGUUAGAGGAAUGUUAUGAAUGUGCUCAUGAUCUAAUUGCCAGUCAGGAUGAUGUUGCAGGAACUUUAAAACCUAUUUAUCAUAGAUUGAUUGAAUUAAAAUCAUUACUUGAACAAUUGACAUUAACACAUCGGUGGACUUCGCGUGAAACUGAUAUGUGGGCCUUUCAACUUCAAUUAAAUGAAAUUGAUCAUAUGAGGAAAAAUGGAAAAUUUUAUGAUAAUGAAGGAAAUGUUCCCGAAGGACAAACGGUCCUCCUUCAUUUGUUACGCAAGUGUUAUCGAUUAUUGUAUAAGAUUUUAAGUUCUAGUGAACCUAUUGCUGAACCGUUAAUGCCUAUUCACAACCAACUUCUUACCGUGCGAAGAUUUUUAAUUGAAGUUAAAAAAUUUGGCGGUCCUUUUACAGCAAGGGAAUUAUAUCCAUAUCAAAUGAAACUCGCAUCUAUUGAUAAUAUGCGUGUAGAUGGCAAAUUUUUGGAUGAAGAUGGAUCAAUACCUGAAGGUCAGGGUAUCGUUAUGGCCUUAUUAAAUGAAUGUUAUGAUAUUUUGUUUGAAUUAAAACCUGAUGUUGUAGAUGACAAUUAA